GUAACACCACGUACCUGUGGGAGUUCCUCCUGGAGCUGCUGCAGGAUAAGAACACCUGUCCCAGGUACAUCAAGUGGAUGCAGAGGGAGAAGGGCAUCUUCAAACUGGUGGACUCCAAGGCCGUGUCCAGACUGUGGGGCAAACACAAGAACAAACCAGACAUGAACUAUGAGACCAUGGGCCGGGCCCUCAGGUAUUACUACCAGAGGGGCAUCCUCGCCAAAGUGGAGGGUCAGCGGCUGGCCUACCAGUUCAAAGAGAUGCCCAAAAACAUCCGAGUGAUUGAUGAUGAAGAGGAGGAUGAGGUGGUGGAGGAACGAGAGGGACUUGUGUCCAGCCAGCACCCCGUUCACCAGCAGGGCCCUGUUAGCCUCUGCACCACAGCCCAGCCCAAACACACCUACGUCACGGUCAUCCCCAACAACGCCGCUGCCAG